GCUCCAAUACACCGAGAGUUAGCGCGAGAAAGCACGAGACUUUGAUUACGGAAAUGCGAUUGGAUGGAAAUCGACUUCUGACAGCAAAGUCCGUCCAGCAUCCCGAUCGGUUUGUUUAAGUGAACUUCGACCGAUCUGCUAGCUAAAUGUAUUUCAGAAAUUAUGGCAACGCUGUUCACUUCAUUAUACAUGAAUACAAACAGACGUAGCAGAUCUGUCCAAUGACGAGUCAGACUUUAUAAGUGUAGCAGAACUGGACUGGGUGGAUCGCCUGCAACCUGAGGUAGCUGAGACAGUUGGUAGAGUGUACGCCUAGAGUUUGAGAAGUCCCAGCUAAAAGGUAAACACAUUGCUGGAAUGUGACGCCAAUCAACUACGACCAUGAAGGUGGCUCCAAAAUCGUUUUUCAUUCUUCUGUUUUCAAGUUUACUUGUCUUCCUACUGCUGGCAGUGUUCAUUCUUCUGUGGUCAAAUCAGGAAGAUGAAAUCUUGGAGGAUAGACAUAUUAAAAUAUUAAGAACAGAAAAGCAGAGUAUACUAUCAUCGAUAAUCAAAGAUGUGAAUCCAUCACCGCGGGAUACGCGCUGUACAUUUCAUACCUGUCUGGAAGUUUACCACUGUGGUUACAAUGAUCAAAAACAACUGAGUAUUUAUGUGUAUCCUCUGGAGCAGUUUGUGGAUGAUAAUAAUGAGGCUGUCACCCUACCCAUGUCACGAGAGUUCUACGACUUGCUGGAGACUAUCGUGAACAGUCCUUACUACACAGAUGAGCCAGAGACUGCCUGUCUGUUCGUACCCUCUAUCGAUCUCCUGAACCAGAACAACCUUCGGCUGAAGGAAACUGGACAGAUUCUUGCCUCGUUACCAUGGUGGAAUGAGGGGACCAAUCACCUGUUAUUUAACAUGUUGCCGGGCACAGUCCCUGACUACGGGACUGUGUUGGAAGUGGAUACUGGAAAGGCAAUCAUUGCCGGAGGAGGGUUCUCUAUCUGGUCCUAUAGACGAACAUUUGACAUUUCCAUCCCUGUCCACAAUCCCCUUGUGGACCCCAGCAAACACCCACACAAGUCAUAUCUGGAGAAGCGCAAGUGGUUCCUAAUCUCGGCCCAGACAGGUCUACACAAGGAGUACAAAGAUAUGGUGGCUGAGGUGGCCAUGUCCAACAAACACGUUCUCACCACAGACAGGUGUCCUCAGGAGGAGAAACCUUGGAACUUCUCACGGCGAUGUACAGGAGGCAGGAUCUACAAUUACCCCGACAUUCUAAACGAGGGGACAUUUUGCCUGGUUAUUCGAGGAGCCCGUAUAGGACAAGCGGCCCUCAGUGACGCCCUCAUGAUGGGAUGUAUCCCUGUCAUUGUAGCAGAUAGCUACGUCCUACCAUUCUCAGAAGUUCUCGACUGGAAAAGAGCGGCAGUGAUCAUUAAGGAAGAUGACCUCGGACAGGUGAUGGAGUUACUGAAGUCAUUCAGCAUGGAGAAAAUCCACCUGAUGCGGAAACAGAUUAAAUUCCUAUGGGACAACUAUUUCUCCUCUAUGAAGGCCAUCACACUGACAACCCUACAUAUUCUCAACGACAGAACCUUCCCCCACGCCAGCCGCACAUAUGAUGAAUGGAAUGAAAUCCCUAACAAGAAUGCCGUGAAGAACCCCCUGUUUCUGCCACUGAUACCUCCGAGCAGCCAGGGCUUCACUGCUGUGAUCCUCACGUACGACCGUCUGCAGUCCUUGUUCCAGGUCAUCCAUCAAGUGGCCAAGGUCGCCAGUCUAGCCAAGGUCGUCGUCGUGUGGAACAACCAGCUCAAGGAUCCUCCCCCCAUGUCCAGUUGGCCAGACAUUGGAAAGCCAGUCAAAGUGAUCAAAACUAACAAGAACAUACUCAGCAACAGGUUUUUCCCAUAUGAUGAGAUUGAGACAGAAUGCAUCCUGGCUUUGGAUGACGACAUCAUUAUGUUGACCGCAGACGAGCUAGAAUUUGGAUACGAGGUUUGGCGGGAGUUUCCAGACCGACUGGUUGGUUUUCCAUCCCGUGUUCAUGUCCUAGAUAACACUACACUUAAAUGGAAAUAUGAAUCGGAGUGGGCAAACAACAUAUCCAUGGUCCUGACAGGGGCAGCUUUCUACCACAAGUAUUUCAGCUACCUGUACUCCUUCCACAUGUCGGAGAUCCUCAAGAACUGGGUUGAUGAACACAUGAACUGCGAGGACAUUGCCAUGAACUUUCUCAUUGCUAACAUCACUGGUAAAGCUCCAAUCAAGGUGACGCCUCGUAAGAAGUUUAAAUGCCCCGAGUGUACCAAUACAGAAAUGUUGUCGUCGGACAUCAGCCACAUGGUCGAAAGGUCAGAGUGCAUCAACAAGUUCACUAGUAUAUACCAGGCCAUGCCACUCAAGAUUGUAGAAUUCCGAGCAGACCCUGUACUCUACAAAGACGAUAAUAUCCCUAAUAUUCUUAAGAAAUACAACGAUAUAGGAAGUUUAUGAUACCUUACAAACAGACGAUGACUGUACUUCAAACCUUUUUUUGUAUGAAGUAAUCCCUGCAAGUGCUGUGUUUAAAAAUGUCUUUCAGCUUUAUAUUUUACAAGUCGUGAAGUGUAUAUAGACCGAGACAGUGUGUUGAACAAUGUUCAACCCAUGAAGAGGUUUUGUUCAGUAUUCGUUAUCUGACAUUGUCCUACCAAGGUCUGGCAAAGAAAACAUUUCAUUUUAAAGUGUUCAGCUUUUGUUCAUAGAUUGCUUUUUUUGUGAUGUGAUUUCACUAUGGGAAUCUCAUUGACAUGGAGACCAUAGCUUGGAGCUUCUCUAGAUUGUAAGGUGCUAAAAAUCUUCUAGUCUCCGAUCAACACAAUCACAGAAAAAUGGAAUGCUGUAUUAAUUGCUUGAAAUAACUAGAUCUAAAAGUUUACUAGACAGAUCUAAUGUUGAGUGUAAGAUGUUGAUGGUCAAAGGAAGUUAAUUCUACAACUGAUGAGGUCAGCUUUUGUCUGCUUCAUCCACUGUUGUUUAUCAAUAGAACUGACCAACAAUUUAACCCUUUUUCUAUAUUCUAUGGACAGAAGUGUAUAUAUUAUAUUUAUGCAUUUCAUUUUAAUGUAAUUUUAACACCAGUUUGUUUACCUUGAGCAAAUUGCAUUUGCAUUUUUUAGAACAAAUUUACAAUUUUUUAGUUAGACUAUACUAUGACAAGGUGAAACAUGGUUCAGUGCUGGAACUGAAAAUGCUGUGUUGUUUUAUAAAACAGUGAACAUGUGUGUGUCAGUAAUUAAAACUUAGUGUACAGCUAGUUAUACAUGUGAAUUUGUGUGUGUAUGAAAGGUGUCAUUGUGUACACAUGUAAAGGUGUCAUUGUGUACACAUGUACUUCUUAUACGUUUAUAAAAUGCUUCAAUUUUAAAUUUGACGUUGCAUCUGCAAUAGUUGAUUCGUCUUUCAAUCAUGAUCCAUAUAACGAAAGGUUGUAAAAAGAUUUAUUACAUUAGAUAUCUAGUGCCCAGUUGUUGUUUUUUCAAUUUUUAAUGUGUUGAGAUUUAAACUAGACAUGAUAUUCUAGUAAAUAAUGGUCACUUUUCUUUGUUUUCAUACUUUGUCCUCUUAUAUAUGUGGGGGACCAAUUUAUGAUGAUGCCUAGAAGUCAAACGUCACUGUAUUUAGACAUCCAUUUAUCUGUAUUAUAGGUAUGCUGUAGAUGUGAAGGGCUCGGUGCAUAGCACAUACGUAAUUUUUACAGGUAUUCAGUCUGUUAAAAAAUCACGUGACACUAUUGAUGUAUUAAUAUCUAUGCUACUUCAUUGAAAGUCAUUGAUAUCUUUAUAAUAAAAUAAUUUUACAUGUACA